AUGCCAAGAAACGACAAGAAUGAAGAAACAUUCACCUUUGCCGUCUGCGGAGGUGGUGCAGUGGGAAAAUCAUCCAUUACGAUUCGAUGGACUCAAGAUACAUUUAUUGAACUUUACGAUCCAACCAUCGAAGCAACUUUUAACAUUGCUCGAAAAGUUGACAAUCAAACUUCGUUUUUAACAAUUAUUGAUACUGCUGGACAAGACGAAUUCUCUGCUCUUCAAGACGUCUACAUGAGAAACGCUUACGGCUUUGUUCUCGUCUUUGAUUGCACUUCCAAAACCACUCUCGAAGAAUUACAAAAAUACACGGAAAGAAUUUACAGAAUCAAAUCCGAAGAAUUCAAACAAGUCGAUGGAAAAGAUUAUCCUGUCAUUUUCGUUGGAAACAAAUAUGAUCUCAUUCAAGAAAAUCCAAAAGGAAAAUAUUUAACAGAAAAGGAAAUUAAGGAGUUUAUCAAAACUCAAUUAGGACUUUCUGAAAAAACUCCAUUUUUAUUUGCGAGUGCAAAGAAUGGUUUGAAUAUGAAAGAAGCAUUGGAAAACAUUGUUCGAGAAAUGAGAGAAUUUGAAAAAGGUCAAAAACCUGUCACUAAUCCAUUGAAACCACCCAAGUCGCCAAGAAAGGGAAUGUUGUCAUCCGUGUCGGAUAAGGGUGAUACACAAAGUGAUUUGGAGAGAAUGAACAAUUAUUGA